UUAUUAUCCAGGCUUCGUGUUACAGCCGUCCUACCGGCAUGAUCUCGUCUUGUCAUUCCGUUUUUCUCCGUGGGAAAGAGAUUGCGCCGCGCCAUCGCGUUUCAAGCUCGUGAAUCCGCCACUCUUCGUAGUUCGCGGGUAUGGAGGAGGAUUGGGAGGAGGACGUUUUCGAUGCGUCGCAGCGGGACGCGACUCAGGGGGAGGACAAUAGAACCUACAUUGGCAGCGUGCUGGUCAACAUUAAAGGCCUUCAGCACUAUCCGGGGACCGUCAAUCCUAGAGAGAUGGUUCGCCUGAUUCGCGAGCCGAACAACCCGCACGACCGCAACGCCAUCCGAGUGGAUAACAUCCGAGGGCAGAGGGUGGGCCACAUCGACCGCAACAAGGCGUGCCACCUGGCGCCACUUGUGGACUCGGGAUUGGCCGCGAUCGAAGGGCUGGUGAUGCGAGGAACCAAGAAUGUAUACACCAUGCCGUGCCACGUGUGCAUCUUUUGCGCUCCCGAAUCUGCUCCUGAAGUCGCAUCUCGCCUGCAGUCGGCCAGAAUGCCGCUUCUAGAAACCAACACCCUCCCUACUUCAGAGACAUUCGGGGAAGCUCCCCCCUCUGCUUCGUUACAGUCUGCUUCGUUUCAGACUGCUUCAGCUGCUGCGUCUGCUGCCGCAUCAGCUGCUGCCGCUUUAGCGCAGAGAGGGGCGGUGAUGAGUCCAGCAGAGCAGGAUAAGGCGGUCUUAUCCAUGUUUGAUGACCUGGCACGCCAGGUGGAGGCGGAUCGGCCGACCGAGGAUCCUCCUCGCCACGUCAUCAAGUCGUCCCUCCUGCCACAUCAGAAGCGGGCGCUGGCGUGGAUGAUCAAGAGGGAAAGCGCGAGGAAGCUUCCGCCAUUUUGGAAGGCAGGGGCUCUAGACUCAGGCAGUAGACAAGGCAAGAGAGGAGGGAGAGGUGAAGGAGGGAGAGGAAGAGGCAGACAGGAGGAGCGCCCCAAGGCGCUGAGGGGAGGCAUUCUGGCGGACGACAUGGGGCUGGGGAAAACGCUCUCGCUGCUCUCCCUUGUUGCCGCCACCAGUGGAGCUGCUGGCGGUGAUGGACAGGAGCCGGAGCACAGCAAGGCGACGCUAGUGGUGUGCCCUCUGUCCGUGCUGUCCAACUGGACAGCGCAGCUUUCGGAGCACGUGGUGCCAGGAGCUCUGAGCUACUACGUCUACCACGGGCCCGACAGGGUCAGAGACCCCUCGUUCCUCUCCUCCUUCGACCUGGUGUUCACCACUUACAACAUUCUGGCGUCUGAGUGCCCCCCUCCCUCUGCUCCUGACGCUGCUGCUGCUGCUGCUGGGGGUGGGGGUGGGGGUUCAGGGAGGGUGGCAGCGGAACGGGCGGACAGUCCGCCGCCCUCCCCUCCGUCCAUCCCUGGGUGCCCGGGGAUGCUCAUGCCUGCUUAUGCCGGCAUGCCAGGGGCGCGAGGGAGAAAGAGGAAGGCGGCAGGGGCAGCAGGGCAGGGGCAGAGGAAGCGAUGGGGGCUGGCAGGGGCGGUGGGAGGCGUAGCAGGAGGAGCAGGAGGAGCAGGAGGAGCGGCAGGAGCAGCAGGGGCAGCGGCAGCAGGAGGGGGGCCACUGCUGCAAGUGCAGUGGAGGAGAGCGAUCCUAGACGAGGCGCACGUGAUCAAAUCGGUGCGGUCGCGAGCAGCAAGGGCGGCGACAGCCUUGCAGGCGGAGAGGCGGUGGGCAGUGACGGGCACGCCGGUGCAGAACGCACUGGGAGACCUCUUCUCGCUGCUCUGCUUUCUUCAAUUGGACCCGCUCAAUGAUCGAUCAAUCUGGGUCAGGGCGAUCGAGCGGCCGAUGAGGGAGCGCCAGCAGAUUGGGCUGGACAGACUGCGGGCGCUUGUUCUCACCACUGCUCUGCGCCGCACCAAGGACAUGCAGGUGAACGGCCGGCCGCUGCUGUCCCUCCCUCCCAAGACUGUGCGAGUGCUGCCAGUCGACCUGCUGCCAGACGAUCGAGACCUCUAUGACCGAGUGCAGGAGGAGGUGCGACGGCUUGUGGGUGGCAUGAUGGCACAGGGAACGUUGAUGAAGAACUAUGCUACAGUGCUCGAGAUGAUCCUACGGCUCAGACAGAUUGCAGAUCACAGGGGCCUUUGUCCACCGCAUGUCCUUGAGGCCAUUGCUGCGUCCGCUGCUGCAGCGGAGGAGGCAGACAGGAACCAGGGUCUAAAAGCCGCAGUUCCUCUGGACCCCCUUCUGAGUCAGAAGCUUCUGGAACUCCUGGCAGCAGGCGCAGCAGAUGAGGACUGUCCCAUCUGCCUCUCGCCUCCCACCCUUCCGGUCAUGACUCCCUGUUUCCACAUCUUCUGCCGCCGCUGCAUUCGCCGAGUGUUCUCCAUCCAGAAGCAUGCGUGCCCCAUGUGCAGAGCGCCAGUAGACGAGGCUCAUCUGGUGGAGGCUCCGCCUGAUGUUACAGAAGGAGAUGGAGAUGGUGCUAAUGGGGACCCUGCAAAAGGGAGCUUGAUGAGAGGGAUUGAGGGGAAUGCAAGUGCCAAGAUUGAUGCUCUUAUUGCUGCUCUUCAUGAGCCUCUUCAGGUGCCGCCAGGGUACCAACCCCCAGAAGGAAGAGAUGGAGGGCCUGGUGCGUUAGGGGCAGAGGGUGGGAGGCAGAGCCAGCAGCCAAGGCUGAAGAGUGUUGUGUUUUCUCAAUUUACUCGAAUGCUGGAUCUGGUGCAUGAGAGGUUGCAGGCUGCUGGAUCUAAGUGCUGUAGAUUGGAUGGCCGCACCAAACUAAGUGCGAGGGAGAAGGCCAUUGAAGAGUUCAGUCGAGUGGAUGAAGAUUCUCCAACAGUCUUUCUCGUGGGGCUCAAAGCAGCAGGUGUUGGUUUGAACCUGACAGCAGCAUCACGGGUGUUUCUUCUCGAGCCCUGGUGGAAUCCUGCUGUGGAGCAGCAAGCAAUGGACCGUGUCCAUCGCAUUGGACAGGAAAACCCAGUUGAUGUUGUGCGACUAGUUGCAGCUGGCAGCAUAGAAGAACGAAUGCUGAUGCUUCAGGAGAAGAAGAGGGCUAUUGCCCGUGCUGCCUUCGAGCGUAGAUCACCUGAAGAUCAACAACUAUUGCGCAUGGACGAUGUGCGUCUGCUGAUGGACAUGUGAUGUGAGGCACAGGAAUCAGUG